GUGCCACCUGGGCGCUUCCGGAUGAGGCCCCACCCCUUUGGCUCCACGUGGUCGGCGGCGGGGUCGGAGCUGCUGUGGCCACUGGGUCCGUGUGAGGAGUGGGCCCCGGAAUGGCGGAGGCCCUGUCCGAGGGUGCCGCUCGGUUCUCUUGUCCCCCCAACUUUACCGCGACGCCUCCAGCCCCAGAGCCCACUCGUUUCUCCUUGGAGGUGUUGACGGGCCCGGCAACGGAACUGUGGCUUAUCCAGGCCCCUGCAGACUUCGCCCCAGACUGCCUAAAUGGACGGCUUGUGCCUCUCUCUGGCUCCCAGAUUGUGAAGGGCAAGUCGGCAGGCAAGCGGCACCGCUACCGGGUCCUCAGUAACAGUGGCCCCCAGACUGGAGAAGCAACCUUGCUGGCUCCCUCAGCAGAGGCAGGAGGAGGACUCACCUGUGCCCCAGCCCCCCAGGGCCACCUAAGGAUCUUUGAGGGUCCCCGAAAAUCCUUAUCAGGAUUAUCCUUGCAGCCUGUUCCAGCAAGGCCCCCACCAGAGAUCCCCUCUGGCCUGAGGCCUCGCUUCUGUGCCUUUGGUGGCAGCCCACCAGUCACAGGGCCUGGGUCAGCCUGGGCACUGAAGUCACCAGCCUCAGGGAAGAAGAAAAAGAAGAGGCAUAUGCCCAAGGUAUCAGUUCCUCAGGAGGCAGUGAAUGGUGGGCAUGGUGCCCUGGAACUAGACACAGCUUUGGGGUCCCCAGAGAUGGAUAUGCGGAAGAAGAUAAAGCAGGAGCUGCAGGAACUGAAGGUGAUGGAGCCAGUGACCACAGAGCCUGCAGCUGAGCUCUGGGAACCUGCCGGCGAGCUGUUCCCAUCCACCCCCAAGAAGAGGAAAAAGAAGCCCAAAGAGGCAGAAAUGGGGAUGCUGGAGCCAGGAGAAAAGCCAGUGAAGCUGGAAUUCAAGGUUAAAACCGAGCCUAUGGAAGAGACAGCCCUCUCCCCAAACAGGAAAAGGAAGAGGCAGAAGGGGACAGAAGGGAAGGAGCCAGUGGAAGGGAUGAUGGUUGAGUCUCAGCUGCAGCUGAAAAUGGAGCCACAGGAGGAAGCCAUCCCACUGCCAUCCUUGAAGAAGAAAAAAAGAGAAAAGGGGUACAAAGUGGUGACAGAGCCAGGGACAGAGGCUGCAGAGCCAGGUAUGAGACCUCUGGAGCUCCAAGGGGAGACAGUGGUGCCUGAACGGCCACAGGAAGUGGAGCCCCAGGCUGAGGUAGCUCUGGUGUCUGCCAAGAAGAAGAGGAAGAAAGAAAAAUGGCAAAACACAAUGAUGGCACCAGGGACAGAGGUGAUGGAGCCUGAGCUGCCAGGUGGCGUUGGGCCACCGGCAGCUCUAGCAUCCGCCAAGAAGAAAGAAAGAGGCUGCAAAGCGCCAGCGCCAGCGACUGAGAUGAUUGACCCACAAAGUGAGAUGAUGGAGCUUAAGCUGCCAGAGGAGGGUGAGCCUGAGGCCCAGGUGCAUCCACCAUCCACCAAGAAGAGGAGGAAGCGGGCCCGGGAAAGUGGGGCGCCAGAGACAGCACCCCAGGACGAGAUGCCAGAGGUACCCCUGAAGCUAGAGUCUGGGGAGGUGGCUCCCACGGGACAGGAGAAGCAGCAGCAGAAGAAACUGCAGCAGGAUUCUGUGUAGUCUCCUUUGGGGACACUGACGGCUGUGCCUGAGACAAGCGGAAGGUGGCCCCGGGGCACCACAAGGCAGGCAGAGGAGCCUCCUCCCACGACCACACCAGCAGGAGUCUGGACUAGAAAAAUGCUUUAUUAACACACUGCAGGCUUUCCUUCCAGCUGGGGUCAUUGGGGCACCUUCAAGAAGGGCUCGUGUAGGACAUCAAAUAGCCUCCGGGCCUGGGUGGGAGGGAAAAGAACAAGGACCCGGUCAUUAAAUCAGCCAUGUGUUUGACGCAGCCUGAAUGA